GCGACGAAAACACUCAAAUCAGCAGUGCAUGUAAGAAUAUAUGAGGAUUUAACGAUGCAGCAAAGACAGCUGAAUCCGAGGACAGCAACAGCGGAGGCGUAAACGGGGACAUGACACGGGGUGACAGGGGCACGGAGGACACGCCACUGCGGCCACAGACUAACCACACCGGGCUGAAGGCGAGGAGGAUGCACGCUGUGGAGGUGAAUAACGGUCUGCUAGAGUGUGAUGGGUAACAAGCACAGCAGCAACAUGGACAAAGACACAGGGACCACACAAGGACAGGACCCAGGAGCCAAAGACGCUAUUUCAGGAACCGUCUCAGGAGAUGGAGGUCUCGUCCCCAGUGCAGAGCUGUUGGUGUCUCUUCAGUCCCUGGGAGAAAACCUGGACUACACUUUGCUGCCACAGUCCCUGCACCAGAUCGCAGAGGCCUACUCUCUCCAGGAACAAUACCAGUUGGCCAUUCAGUUUCUUGAGCUGGAGAAGCUAUACCAUGAACAACUCCUGUCCAACCUCACCGCCCUACAGGAGAACUGGGAGAGUCAGUGGAAGGAGAAGAAGUGCGAUGAGGGAGUGUUGUCUUCAGAAGGAGACAGUUACAUGGACACUCUGACCCAAAUCUGCAGGAAUCAUCUCAGUCCAUCACCGUCAUCCAGCAGUAACCUUGAGCAGAAGACACUGGCUUCAGUCUUUAAAGACAUCAAGAACAAGAAUGAUGUGCUCAAAACCUGCCAGGAUGAAGUGAACAGGUUGAAGUCCCUGCUGAUGGAGGCUAAGGGCAGGGCUAAGUUCCCACGCUCUGAGUCUGUAGAUGGCGCUGUAGAGGAGAUGUUUGAGGAGGGGCAGGAGGUGGAGGAGGAAACCACCCCAGAGGAGGAGGAUCUCAGGGUGGAGUGGCCCACAGGAGUACCCCAGGCCUCUGAGAAGGACCUCGCUAAGCUCUCCACCAAAGAGGGGAAUUCAUCCCCUGAUGGGCUGGUGUCCAUCCUGAAGCGGAGGAGAGCAUCUCUGGAUGGACUGCCUCCGCCCAGCAGCACUGCCACAAAACACAACACAAAACGCAAAGUCCGAUUCAGUGAGCCAGACGAUGUCAUGGACCACGAUGAAGUUGGAGGGGACUCCUGUCUUAUUCUGCUUUUUCUGUGUCUGGUGACUGUGGUGAUCAGCCUGGGAGGGACUGCACUCUACUGCACCCUGGUGGACACAUAUUCAAACAUUUGCAUUGACUUCACUCAAAACGUGGACUUCUACUUUUCAUAUGUGCAGAGGUUUUUCCAAAGGCUCGGACAAUGGCUGCCCUUCAGAACUUAAGAGAACUGCUAUCAAUCUGCACUAUUAAACCACUGGUGAAAUAUCUAAAACAUUCCACAGCAGCCUAACCUCCUGACCACAGUCCUGUUUACGAGUGGUCACUCCACUCUUCCUGGCAGGUUGGCCUAUGAUAUUUGUUGGACUAUAAGACCAUUUUGUUAUUGGUCUGUGUAAAACCUUCCUGAAAAGAAGCCAAGAUGGAUGACGCUCCUCAGUUUGAACUGGUAUAUGUUUACCUGCAUUAUUAUCCUAAACUGCGUUUUUUUUAAACUGUGGAAUAAAAGCUAUCCUUUAUAAGAGAAUUUGAUUUGACAUUAUUGCUGGCUGUUUAAAGCCUGUUUUUGAUACAUCUGGAUCCUCCUCUGUAAUGUUUUUUUUCUGUGGAAGUGUUUAGAAGUCUUUAGAAUUUAAUAUGGUAAACGCAACAAACCAGUUCUUUGCUUGAUUUCAGAGAGAGAGAGAGAGAGAGAGCGAGAGAGAGAGAGAGAGAGAGAGUAACCAAGUAAGUGUACUGAUUCUUCAAAAUACACAGAGGUCAAAUGUAUAUGAUUAUACUAUUCCAGUACUGAGUAACGUAAUCUCUGAGGUAUGUGAACUAUUCUAAUCAAACAAAACAAUAUUAGAAAGUUCCUACAAGUUCAGUCUAGAUAACUAAAUUAACUUCCACAUUGUUUAAACGGUUUAGGCAAAACAUUAACAUGUUCAAUGGAGUAGCACAAUAUACUGCAAUUAAAAUAAAAGUAACAUAAAAGCUGAUUUGAUCAUACUGAGCAUAGAAACAAUUUAUUUAAAAAAAGUAAAUGUAUGUUUUUUUACUACCUGAUGCUGAGUACAGCAAAUGCACAAGAUUGAAUAAAUUUAUAAUAUUGAUCUACAUCUUGCCUGUGUUCAAACUUGAAUUGUGUUAGAGGAAAAACAGAAAAAUAAAAUGACCUUCUUGGUACCAAAUAUUUUG